AUGGAAGAAGAUGGAGAUUGUGGUGGGGAAGACCUCACCCCCUUUUGGGUCCAAAGCACCACCAAUCUCCGUCGCUCCGACCGCCUCCGCCGCGGCGUCGCCGCCGUGUUCUUCAGCUCGGGGCUGGUGGUGUUCCUCCUCUUGGUAACAGCUGCUUUUUUCUUGGCUUUUGUAGUGCCCUCAACCAUUUCUCUUAGUGCCAACAUUUUUAAACCUAAUAGUGUCAAGAAAAGCUGGGAUUCUUUGAACAUUGCUCUUGUUUUGGUUGCUGUAGUUUUUGGGUUUCUUAGUAGAAAUAGAAAUGAGGAGAGAUCCCCAUUGUUUGAUGAGUUUCAGCCUUCUCCCAUUAAGGAAAAUCAAUCCCAGAACCCAAUUCAUGAGGAAAAAUCGAGUCUUUAUGAUUAUCAUCAAGAAAAAUCGAGUCUUUAUGAGUACCAUCAAGAAAAAUCGGAUCUUUAUGAGGAAAAAAAUUUGAAUUUGAGACGAAGCAGCAGUUCAUAUCCUGAUCUGCGUGAAUUCUCAUCUUCUUCUACAAAUUGGAGCUAUGGGGAUCAUCAGAGGAGAUUUUUCGAUGAUUUUAAUGUCGAUUCGAGCCGGAGCUCGGAUGCGGCGGAGAUCCACCACCACCGCCGCCACCGGAGCUUGGAGCAAGUUGAUUAUCUGGCUUCGCCGCCGCGGAUUAAGACUGUUGUUGUGGAUACAUUGGUGUUUAAACCCACUGCGGGAGGAAAAAUAUUUCCGGCUGAAUUGGCGGCGCCGCCGCCGGGGGAGGAGGAGGUUGCGGAGAGGGUGGUGGGUGAUGGUGCGGCGGUGAGGGAGGGGAGAUCGAGCAGGAGAUUUUAUAAAGAUUCGAAUUUGAUGAAUCCCGUCUCGGCGCCGAAGCCGCCUCUGCCGUCGGCGGAGGAAGCUCCGCCGCCGGAAUUUCAAGAAAGUGAGAAACGGAGCCGGGAAAGAGCGGCGCGGAAAAAGGAAAAGUCGAGCAGAAGGCAGGUUUAUAAAGAUGCGGAACCCACAAAUCCAAUUGCGACGCCUCCACCGCCACCGCCACCUCCGGCACCGCCGCAGCAGAAGAGCAGCAAGAGUGAGAGAAGACGCGGCGGCGUGGCGGCGAAUUCGACCAAAAUCUUCUUGAAUUCUCUCUACGGCAAGAAGAAGAAGAAGCAGAGGCAAAAGAGCGUAGAAAAUGUGGAUUCUCUCCUCCACGAAGCUCCUCCGCCGCUAAGUUUUCAAAUUCCGCCGCCGUCGCCGCCCCCCACCACCGCCUCCCCCACCACCGCCUCCCCCGCCGCAGCAGCCGUCAUCGGUCUUUCACACUCUGUUUUCAUCCAAGAAGCCCAAAAGAAAAAGAACCAUAACCGUCACAGUGGGGCCCCUCCCACCAUCUCCGCCACCAGAAUCGCCGCCGCAUGCGGCGGCGCGUGA